AUGAUUCAAGCUGAUCCGACCCUCGAGCCGGAUCAGGUGUUCCCGCCCCCGCCACAUCCAUUAGUGGAUUCUGACUGUGGUCAACGCUUUUUGGUGAAGCGUAUUUUGAACCACCGCGACGUGGAUGGCGUCCGAACGAGUUACCAUGUCCGCUGGCGUGGCUAUCCACUGGCCCGCUCCAGCUGGGAGCCUCGUUCCCAUCUGAUUGUUGAUGUCAUUGGUCUCGUCGAGCAGUACGACGAGACCCACCCGCUGCAUUUGAAGAAGGGCCGUCGGAAAAAGACCUCCUCGAACGCGAAUACAGGGAUUGCAAAGUGUCGAUCCCUUCGGCCAUCUCGGAAGAGAUGCGCGCCCUCCAGUAGGGAUCAUUAG